AGAGCCCGGGCGGAGGGGGCGCGGGCCGAGCGCAUCGCCCAGGCAGCAGCCGGCCGCUGGGGUCUGCGCUGCGAGGUGCGGCCCAGCCCGCUCCGGGAACUCAGCCCCCGCCCCGUGCCGGGCCCGCCCCGCUUCCCACGCCCGCCAGGCCGAGCCCGCGCCGGAGCCACCUGGAGCUGCCUGGAGCUGCCUGGAGCCGCCGCCGCCGCAGGUUGAUGCGCGGCGCCCUCCCGGGACGCGCGGAGGAGCCAUCUUGAAACCAACUUCGCAAACUUUCGCAAAGUGCUCUCGAAGUGGAAGCUGCGGGGGAGGCCGGGCGCGCGGUCCCCACAGUCCUCGCCAGGACCCCCGGGGAGGCGGGACGCGGACCGCCCCGAGGGCCAGGCGCCGGGCGCGCGGGAGCCGCUCCCCGGCCGCGCCGGGUGGAUGCGGAGGCGCGCCGGGUGCAUGGAUUGUGUUCGGGAGCCCGGCUCGGGCUCGGGCUCCGGGCCAUGGCGCCGCCGCCGCCCGUGCUGCCCGUGCUGCUGCUCCUGGCCGCCGCCGCCGCCCUGCCGGCGCUGGGGCUGCGAGCGGCCGCCUGGGAGCUGCGCGUACCUGGCGGGGCCCGCGCCUUCGCCCUCGGGCCCGGCCGUACCUACGCGGUGGGCGCCGCGCAAACGCCGCGGGAGCUGCUGGACGUGGGCCGCGAGGGGCGGCUGGCAGGACGGCGGCGCGUCUCUGGCGCCGGGCCCCGGGGCUGCAUGCACCUGGCGGGGCGCCCGCUGCCGCUGCAAGUCCGCUUGGCGGCCCGCGGUGCCCCGACGGCGCUGAACCUCCGCCUGCGGGCGCGCGCGCCCCAUCCCGGCUGCCGACGCCGUGCCGGGAGCGCGCGGGCUGUGCUCCCAGGGCCUGGGCUCUGCGGGACGCUCUGCUUCCCCGGUGGCGGCGCGGCCGCGCGGCGUUCCGUGCUCGCAGCUCCGACCACCGUCCCCGCCUGCAGCUGCCCACCGCGUCCCGGGCCCGGCUGUCCCGGCCGCCCCAUCUGCCUGCGUCUGCUGUGCGCCCUGCGAUGCGCGGCUGGCGCCGUCCGGGUGGAGCUGGCACUGGAGGCCGCCGCCUCGGGGACGCCCUCCCCGUCGCCACCGCCAUCGCCGCCGCCUAAUUUGCCCCAAACCCGGGCCGGGCCGGUGCGACGGGCCCGGCGGGGCACGAGCGGCCGAGGGAGCCUGAAGUUCCCGAUGCCCAACUACCAGGUGGCGUUGUUUGAGAACGAGCCGGCGGGCACCCCGCUCCUCCAGCUUCACGCGCACUACACCGUCGAGGGCGAGGAGGAGCGCGUGAGCUAUUACAUGGAGGGGCUGUUCGACGAGCGCUCCCGCGGCUACUUCCGCAUCGACUCCGCCACGGGCGCGGUGAGCACGGCCAGCGAACUGGACCGCGAGACCAAGGAGACGCACGUGCUCAGGGUAAAAGCGGUGGACUACAGCACGCCGCCGCGCUCGGCCACCACCUACAUCACCGUCUUGGUCAAAGACACCAACGACCACAGCCCGGUCUUCGAGCAGUCGGAGUACCGCGAGCGCGUGCGGGAGAACCUGGAGGUGGGCUACGAGGUGCUGACCAUCCGCGCCAGCGACCGCGACUCGCCCGUCAACGCCAACAUGCGCUACCGCAUGCUGGGGGGCGCGUGGGACGUCUUCCAGCUGAACGCGAGCUCCGGCGUGGUGAGCACGCGCGCGGUGCUGGACCGGGAGGAGGCGGCCGAGUACCAGCUGCUGGUGGAGGCCAGCGACCAGGGCCGCAACCCGGGCCCGCUCAGCGCCACGGCCACCGUGUACAUCGAGGUGGAGGAUGAGAAUGACAACUACCCCCAGUUCAGCGAGCAGAACUACGUGGUCCAAGUGCCCGAGGACGUGGGGCUCAACACGGCUGUGCUGCGCGUGCAGGCCACGGACCGAGACCAGGGCCAGAACGCGGCCAUUCACUACAGCAUCCUCAGCGGGAACGUGGCCGGGCAGUUCUACCUGCACUCGCUGAGCGGGAUCCUGGAUGUGAUCAACCCCCUGGAUUUCGAGGAUGUCCAGAGGUACUCGCUGAGCAUCAAAGCCCAGGAUGGAGGCCGGCCUCCCCUCAUCAAUUCCUCCGGGGUGGUGUCUGUGCAGGUGCUGGAUGUCAAUGACAACGAGCCCAUCUUUGUGAGCAGCCCCUUCCAGGCCACGGUGUUGGAGAACGUGCCCCUGGGCUACUCCGUGGUGCACAUUCAGGCGGUGGACGCGGACUCUGGGGAGAACGCCCGGCUGCGCUAUCGCCUGGUGGACACGGCCUCCGCCUUUCUGGGGGGCGGCAGCGCUGGGCCUAAGAACCCCGUCCCGGCCCCGGACUUCCCCUUCCAGAUCCACAACAGUUCCGGUUGGAUCACUUUGUGUGCCGAGCUGGACCGUGAGGAGGUGGAGCAUUACAGCUUCGGGGUGGAGGCCGUGGACCACGGCUCGCCCCCCAUGAGCUCCUCCACCAGCGUCUCCAUCACGGUGCUGGACGUGAACGACAACGACCCGGUGUUCACGCAGCCCACCUACGAGCUGCGUCUGAACGAGGAUGCGGCCGUGGGGAGCAGCGUGCUGACCCUGCAGGCCCGAGACCGCGACGCCAACAGCGUGAUCACCUACCAGCUCACGGGCGGCAACACCCGGAACCGCUUUGCGCUCAGCAGCCAGAGGGGAGGUGGCCUCAUCACCCUGGCACUUCCUCUGGACUACAAGCAGGAGCAGCAGUAUGUGCUGGCGGUGACAGCGUCCGAUGGCACACGGUCGCACACCGCGCAUGUCCUCAUCAACAUCACCGAUGCCAACACCCACCGGCCGGUCUUUCAGAGCUCCCAUUACACGGUGAGCGUCAGUGAGGACAGGCCCGUGGGCACCUCCAUUGCUACCCUCAGUGCCAAUGACGAGGACACAGGAGAGAACGCCCGCAUCACCUACGUGAUUCAGGACCCCGUGCCGCAGUUCCGCAUUGACCCCGACAGUGGCACCAUGUACACCAUGAUGGAGCUGGACUAUGAGCACCAGGUUGCCUACACGCUGACCAUCACGGCCCUGGACAACGGCAUCCCGCAGAAGUCGGACACCACUACCCUGGAGAUCCUCAUCCUCGAUGCCAACGACAACGCACCCCAGUUCCUGUGGGAUUUCUACCAGGGUUCCAUCUUUGAGGAUGCUCCACCCUCCACCAGCAUCCUCCAGGUUUCUGCCACGGACCGGGACUCGGGUCCCAAUGGGCGUUUGCUGUACACCUUCCAGGGUGGGGACGACGGUGAUGGGGACUUCUACAUCGAGCCCACGUCUGGUGUCAUCCGCACCCAGCGCCGGCUGGACCGGGAGAACGUGGCCGUGUACAACCUUUGGGCUGUGGCUGUGGAUCGCGGCAGCCCCACUGCCCUUAGCGCCUCGGUGGAAGUCCAGGUGACCAUCUUGGACAUUAAUGACAAUGCCCCCAUGUUUGAGAAGGACGAGCUGGAGCUGUUUGUAGAGGAGAACAACCCGGUGGGGUCGGUGGUGGCAAAGAUCCGUGCUCAGGACCCUGACGAAGGCCCCAAUGCCCAGAUCAUGUAUCAGAUUGUGGAGGGCGACAUGCGGCAUUUCUUCCAGCUGGACCUGCUGAACGGUGACCUGCGUGCCCUGGUGGAGCUGGACUUUGAGGUCCGGCGGGAGUAUGUGCUGGUGGUGCAGGCCACGUCGGCCCCGCUGGUGAGCCGAGCCACGGUGCACAUUAUUCUCGUCGAUCAGAAUGACAACCCUCCAGUACUGCCCGACUUCCAGAUCCUCUUCAACAACUAUGUCACCAACAAGUCAAACAGCUUCCCCACCGGCGUGAUCGGCCGCAUCCCGGCCCAUGACCCGGAUGUGUCGGACAGCCUCAACUACACCUUCCUGCGUGGCAAUGAGCUGCACCUGUUGCUACUGGACCCUGCCACGGGUGAGCUGCAGCUCAGCCGGGACCUGGACAACAACCGGCCGCUGGAGGCGCUCAUGGAGGUGUCCGUGUCUGAUGGCGUCCACAGCGUCACGGCCCUCUGCACCCUGCGUGUCACCAUCAUCACGGACGACAUGCUGACCAACAGCAUCACCGUCCGCCUGGAAAACAUGUCCCAGGAGAAGUUCCUGUCCCCACUGCUAGCCCUGUUCGUGGAGGGGGUGGCCGCGGUGCUGUCCACCAGCAAGGAGGACGUCUUCGUCUUCAACGUGCAGAACGACACCGACGUCAGCGCCAACAUCCUGAACGUGACCUUCUCGGCGCUGCUGCCCGGCGGCGUCCGCGGCCGGUUCUUCCCGUCCGAGGACCUGCAGGAGCAGAUCUACCUGAACCGGACGCUGCUGACCGCCGUCUCCACGCAGCGCGUGCUGCCCUUCGACGACAACAUCUGCCUGCGGGAGCCCUGCGAGAACUACAUGAAGUGCGUGUCCGUGCUGCGCUUCGACAGCUCGGCGCCCUUCCUCAGCUCCACCACCGUGCUCUUCCGGCCCAUCCACCCCAUCAACGGCCUGCGCUGCCGCUGCCCGCCCGGCUUCACCGGGGACUACUGCGAGACGGAGAUCGACCUCUGCUACUCCAGCCCGUGCGGUGCCCACGGCCGCUGCCGCAGCCGCGAGGGCGGCUACACCUGCGAGUGCUUCGAGGACUUCACGGGAGAGCGCUGCGAGGUGGAUGCCCGCUCAGGCCGCUGUGCCAACGGGGUGUGUAAGAACGGUGGCACGUGUGUGAACCUGCUCAUCGGUGGCUUCCACUGUGUGUGCCCCCCCGGCGAGUACGAGAGGCCCUACUGCGAGGUCACCACCCGGAGCUUCCCACCCCGGUCCUUUGUCACCUUCCGGGGCCUGAGACAGCGCUUCCACUUCACCGUCUCCCUCACGUUUGCCACCCAGGAGAGGAACGGUCUGCUGCUCUACAAUGGCCGCUUCAACGAGAAGCAUGACUUCAUCGCCCUGGAGGUCGUGGACGAGCAGGUGCAGCUCACGUUCUCCGCAGGUGAGACGACGACCACCGUGGCUCCGAAGGUUCCUGGUGGUGUGAGUGACGGGCAGUGGCACUCGGUGCAAGUGCAGUACUACAACAAGCCCAACAUCGGCCACCUGGGCCUGCCCCAUGGGCCAUCCGGGGAGAAGAUGGCCGUGGUGACGGUGGAUAACUGUGACACAACCAUGGCUGUGCGCUUUGGAAAUGACAUCGGGAACUACAGCUGUGCCGCCCAGGGCACUCAGACCGGCUCCAAAAAGUCCCUGGAUCUGACCGGCCCUCUGCUCCUGGGGGGCGUCCCCAACCUGCCGGAAGACUUCCCGGUGCACAACCGGCAGUUCGUGGGCUGCAUGCGGAACCUGUCGGUCGACGGCAAAAACGUGGACAUGGCUGGAUUCAUCGCUAACAAUGGCACCAGGGAAGGCUGCGCUGCCCGGAGGAACUUCUGCGACGGGAGGCGCUGUCAGAACGGGGGUACCUGUGUCAACAGGUGGAACAUGUACCUGUGUGAGUGUCCCCUCCAAUUCGGCGGGAAGAACUGCGAGCAAGCCAUGCCCCACCCCCAGCUCUUCAGUGGGGAGAGUGUCGUGUCCUGGAGCGACCUGAAUGUCAUCAUCUCCGUGCCCUGGUACCUGGGGCUCAUGUUCCGGACCCGGAAGGAGGACAGCGUUCUGAUGGAAGCCACCAGCGGCGGGUCCACCAGCUUUCGUCUCCAGAUCCUCAACAGCCACCUCCAGUUCGAGGUGUCCCACGGGCCCUCUGGAGUGGAGUCCAUGGUGCUGUCCGGGUUGCGGGUGACCGACGGGGAGUGGCACCACCUGCUGAUCGAGCUCAAGAACGUGAAGGAGGACAGUGAAAUGAAGCACCUGGUGACCAUGACCUUGGACUAUGGGAUGGACCAGAGCAGGGCGGAUAUCGGGGGCAUGCUUCCCGGGCUGACGAUAAGGAACAUGGUGGUCGGGGGCGCCUCUGAAGACAAGGUCUCUGUGCGCCGUGGGUUCCGAGGCUGCAUGCAGGGAGUGAGGAUGGGGGGGACGCCCACCAAUGUGGCCACCCUGAACAUGAACAACGCCCUCAAGGUCAGGGUGAAGGACGGCUGUGAUGUGGAGGACCCUUGUACCUCGAGCCCCUGUCCCGCCCACAGCCGCUGCCACAAUGCCUGGGAGGACUACAGCUGCGUCUGUGACAAAGGGUACCUAGGGAGAGACUGUGUGGACGCCUGUCACCUGAACCCCUGUGAGAACAUGGCGGCCUGCGUGCGCUCCCCCGGCUCCCCGCGGGGCUACGUGUGCGAGUGUGGGCCCAGCCACUACGGGCCGUACUGCGAGAGCAGACUCGACCUUCCGUGCCCCAGAGGCUGGUGGGGGAACCCUGUCUGUGGACCCUGCCACUGUGCAGUCAGCAAAGGCUUCGAUCCCGACUGUAAUAAGACCGAUGGCCAGUGCCACUGCAAGGAGAAUUACUACCAGCCCCCAGCCCAGGACGCCUGCCUGCCUUGCGACUGCUUCCCCCACGGCUCCCACAGCCGCGCCUGCGACAUGGCCACUGGGCAGUGUGCCUGCAAGCCCGGUGUCAUCGGCCGCCAGUGCAACCGCUGCGACAACCCAUUUGCCGAGGUCACCACGCUCGGCUGCGAAGUGAUCUACAACGGCUGUCCCAAAGCGUUCGAGGCCGGCAUCUGGUGGCCACAGACCAAGUUCGGGCAGCCGGCUGCAGUGCCAUGCCCCAAGGGGUCCGUCGGAAAUGCCGUUCGACACUGCAGUGUGGAGAAGGGCUGGCUGCCCCCGGAGCUCUUUAACUGCACCACUGUCUCCUUCGUGGACCUCAGGACCAUGAACGAGAAGCUGAGCCGCAACGAGACGCAGGUGGACGGCGCUGGGGCCCUGCAGCUGGUGAGGGCUCUGCGCAAUGCCACGCGGCACACGGCCACGCUCUCCGGCAAUGACGUGCGCACGGCCUACCAGCUGCUGGGCCACGUCCUGCAGCAUGAGAGCCGGCAGCAGGGCUUCGACCUGGCGGCCACGCAGGACGCUGACUUCCAUGAGGACAUCAUCUACUCGGGCAGCGCCCUCCUGGCCCCGACCACCAGGGCGGCGUGGGAGCAGAUCCAGCGGAGCGAGGGUGGCACAGCACAGCUGCUCCAGCACCUCGAGGGCUACUUCAGCAACGUGGCACGCAACGUGCGGCGGACGUACCUGCGGCCGUUCGUCAUUGUCACCGCCAACAUGAUUCUUGCUGUCGACGUCUUUGACAAGUUCAACUUCACGGGAGCCACAGUACCACGGUUCGAUGCCAUUCAGGAAGAGUUCCCCAGGGAGCUGCAGUCCUCCGUCUCCUUCCCAGCUGACUUCUUCAAACCACCUGAAGAAAAAGAAGGCCCCCUGGGGAGGCCAGCCGGCCGGAGGACCACCCCGCAGACCACGCGCCUGGGGCUGGGCACCGAGAGGGAGGCCCUGAUCAGCAGGCGGAGGCGACACCCUGAUGAUGCUGGCCAGUUCGCCGUUGCUCUGGUCAUCAUUUACCGCACCCUGGGGCAGUUCCUGCCCGAGCGCUAUGACCCAGACCGCCGAAGCCUUCGGCUGCCUCACCGGCCCGUCAUUAAUACCCCGAUGGUGAGCACGCUGGUGUACAGUGAGGGGGCUCUGCUCCCAAGACCCCUGGAGAGGCCCGUCCUGGUGGAGUUCGCCCUGCUGGAGACGGAGGAGCGAACCAAGCCCGUCUGCGUGUUCUGGAACCACUCUCUGGCCGUCAGUGGGACGGGAGGGUGGUCUGCCCGGGGGUGUGAGCUCUUGUCCAGAAACCGGACGCACGUCGCAUGCCAGUGCAGCCACACGGCCAGCUUCGCGGUGCUCAUGGACAUCUCCAGGCGUGAGAAUGGGGAGGUGCUGCCGCUGAAGAUCGUCAGCUAUGCCGCUGUGUCCCUGUCGCUGGCAGCCCUUCUGGUGGCCUUUGUCCUCCUGAGCCUGGUGCGCACGCUGUGCUCCAACCUGCACAGCAUUCACAAGCACCUGGCCGCCGCGCUCUUCCUCUCUCAGCUGGUGUUCGUGAUGGGGAUCAACCAGACGGAGAACCCGCCUUCCAGGACCCAGAGGAGACCCUGCCACCCUCUCCCAGCUGGCAGCAGCCUUGGGGGCACUGGCCAGGCAGCCCCUCCCAGAGUACUGGGUGUGAAGCUGGCCCAGGCCACGUGUCAGUUCCUGUGCACCGUGGUCGCUAUCCUCCUCCACUUCAUCUACAUGAGCACCUUCGCCUGGACCCUGGUGGAGAGCCUGCACGUGUACCGCAUGCUGACCGAGGUGCGCAACAUCGACGCAGGGCCCAUGCGGUUCUACUACGUCGUGGGCUGGGGCCUCCCGGCCAUUGUCACGGGACUGGCGGUCGGCCUGGACCCCCAGGGCUACGGAAACCCUGACUUCUGCUGGCUGUCCCUUCAAGACACCCUGAUUUGGAGCUUUGCAGGGCCCGUCGGAGCUGUUAUGAUUAUCAAUACAGUCAUUUUUGUCCUGUCUGCAAAGGUUUCCUGCCAAAGAAAGCACCAUUAUUACGAAAAGAAAGGGAUUGUCUCCCUGCUGAGGACCGCCUUCCUCCUGCUGCUGCUCAUCAGCGCCACCUGGCUGCUGGGGCUGCUGGCCGUGAACCGUGACGCUCUGAGCUUGCACUACCUCUUCGCCGUCUUCAGCGGCUUACAGGGCCCCUUCGUCCUCCUCUUCCACUGCGUGCUCAACCAGGAGGUCCGGAGGCACCUGAAGGGCGUGCUCAGCGGGAGGAAGCUGCCCCUGGAGGACUCCGCCACCACCAGGGCCAUGCUGCUGACGCGCUCCCUCAACUGCACCACCACCUUCGGCGACGGGCCGGACAUGGUGCGCACGGCUCUGGGCGAGUCCACCGCCUCGCUGGACAGCACCGUCAGGGAUGAAGGGGUCCAGAAGCUCAGCAUGUCCUCUGGGCCGGCACGGGGCAGCCACGGAGAGCCAGACUCAUCCUUCUUGCCUAGAGGCUCCAAAGACCCCCCUGGCCACGAUUCUGACUCGGAUAGUGAGCUGUCCCUGGAUGAGCAGAGCAGCUCUUACGCCUCCUCACACUCGUCAGACAGCGAGGAUGACGGGGUGGGGGCUGAGGAAAAAUGGGACCCGGCCAGGGGUGCCAUCCACAGCACCCCCAAAGGGGACGCCGUGGUCAACCAUGUCCCGGCCGUCUGGCCUGAGCAGAGCCUAGGCGGCAGUGACAGUGAGGAUCCUGAGGAUCCCGACAGCCAGCCCCGCCUGAGGGUGGAGACCAAGGUCAGCGUGGAACUGCACCUCGAGGAGCAGGGCGGUCACUGCGGCGAGCGCCCCCCAGACCGCGAGGGUGGGGACGCGGCCAGGCCUGCUGGCAGCCAGCCCCCGGAGCAGAGGAAAGGCAUCUUGAAAAAUAAAGUCACCUACCCACCGCCACUGAUGCUGACAGAGCAGAUGCUGAAGGGCCGGCUCCGGGAGAAGCUGGGGCACUGUGAGCAGAGCCCCGCGUCCUCCCUGGGCUCUGGGGGCCCGGACGGCGCCAUCAUGGUCAAGAGCCCCGGGAGGGAGCCGGGGCGUGAGCACCUCAAUGGGGUGGCCAUGAACAUGCGCACCGGGAGCGCCCAGGCCGACGGCUCCGGCUCCGACUCUGAAGGCAGUAAUGAAACUUCAAUUUGAACCAUCAGGAAACCGUGAGGCAAGCCCGUCACCCCCAUACAGGCUGCUGCGAUGCCGAGCCCUGGGACCUUGGAGCCCGAGGGGCCGCUGCCUUUGGAGUGAAGUGGGCCCCGAGUGUGGUGGUCCCCACAGUGACAGCCCCCCGACUGAUCAUCCACCCACAAAGGUCUUGGCUGUCCCAGGAGCUCAGGGUCUGUCAGACCUGGUAACAGGCAUGAGAGGGGCGCGGACCACCAGUCCAGCACCGCUGCGUCCUAAGACUGCAGACAGAGCCAAAACUGUGAGAGGGGCCCCCAGACCAGGCCCAAAGGCUGCCCAGAGUUCAGGGACAUUGGGCAGAGACCAAAGACUGCGGUCCAGUGCUGCCCGUGCGGGCAUCUCACGGCAGUGCAGGGCCGUGGCCGGCAGCCCUUUGCAAAGACACGGCUUGUCUUAAAGUUGCUUUGCUACGUGGAAAAGGUGUAGAUACUUUUAUACGUGUGUAUGGGACUCUGAGGAGGUGAAACGUGUGUAUAUUUUGCAGUCGUGCCGACUUUGUUGAUCCCGGGAGAUCCACGGAAUGAUCUCUUGCUGUCUUCUGUGUAAAGAAGAUUGCACAGUUGUACUUGAAUCUGGCAUGUGUUGACAAAACUGUCGCCCCAGCAGAUCAAAGGUGGAAGAUGCGUUAGCAGUGGGGCUAAAACCAAGCAGUUAGAAGCCCUACAGCUGCCUUCGGCCGGAGAGCGAGGAUGGCGUGGGCCCUCCCCACGGGCCCCUUGGGUCUGCGCUGUGUUCACCAUCGUGCGUUCACCCUCUGCUGCCGUCUGUCCCAGCUGUGUGAAUUCUAGACAGGGCAGUCCGGGACUGGGCAGGUGUGAGGAGCCCUGCUGAGGUCACUGUGGGGCACGGUUGCCACACAGUUGUCAUUUCCCACCUGGUGGGUCCCUGACCACCGCCCUCUCCCCUCACCCCUCCCAGGUGGCCCAGGAGCUGCAGGUGGGGGUGGCUUUGUCCUUUACUGCUGCUCCCAGUGGGACCUGCGACCUUAAAGCGUUGCAGGCUCCGGAUUUGGGCAGAGGCGUGUGGUGUUCCAGGCUGUCCGUCCCUCUUGCCAAUCCUCUACCUCCUUGAGAGUCGGAGGAUCUCCAGGCAGGCAGGGGUCCCAUCCCUGGAGUCUGACCAAUCACUUCAUUUUGCUUCAAAUGGCCAAUUGUGCACGGGGACAAAGCCACAGCCACACUCCUCAGCGGUUACCAAACUGUUUUUGGAAAUUCACAUCAGGGACGGCCCGGCUGCAGGCAGUUGACACAGCGUGGCCCGAGGGGCUGUGGAACAGGGCCCAGGACUAUUCAGACACGGUUUGUUUUAGUGUGUCCUUUGUUCUUCAAAUCAGGUGCUCAAAUCAGUGAUCGAACAGCUGCUUCCUAAUAGAAACCAUAAAGUAGGGUGAAAAUCAAGUGAAAGGCAGAGGUGUCCACACUCAAGUUUUAAACUUUACCCUGAUGAAAAUGUGAGCACUGUCAGCAGAUGCCUGUGCGCCAGAGGAAGAGCGUAGCUGAAAACGGCCCAGGACAGGAGGAGGAAAUGAGAGCCCACGGCCCUCACACCUGGAUGAGUCAUUCACGUGCCUUACCAGGUGAGUGGCCUUUCGAAGAUACAAAACUCUGCUCCCUGUGGACGUUUGCCCCUGACAUUUCCUAAGUACAGAAAGGUUUUUAAGUCUUCGAACAGUCCACUUUCACUGUAACGGGGUCUACCGCGAGCUGUCAUUUUUUUGUUUGUUCUAUUUUAUUUUUUUCACAUACUCCACAGCCAGCAUCAUGAGGUGUAAUUUUUAAUUUGAUCAGAACUGUUACCAAAAAACAGCUGUCAGUUUGAGACGGGAGAAACGGAAACCUAUUUUUAUUACUUAAGACUUUAUGGUAGAGAUGAGACACUGGAGGGUUUUAACAGAUGUGUAUUUAUUAAUGUUCAAAACACUGGAAUUUCAAAUGAGAAGAGUCUACAAUAAAUUAAGAUUUUUGAAUUUGUA